AUGAGCUACACAUGCUCGUGCGAGCUUUAUAUUCGAUCUUUCUGGACUCAGAUGUUAGAGCGUAGUGUAACUCACAUCCCAGCUACUAAUAAGCCUAAACAGCUUCUUAAGGGAGUUUCAAAGGAUAAUGAACCUCGUAUAGUCCAUACAUCAGACUAUCUUUCAGCAUAUUGGCCCACAACGGCACAUUCUUCAAACGAAUCACUUCCGCUCUCGAACCUCAAUAAAUCAUCCUCCACUUCCCCCCUGAAACCCCCACCUAAUCCUCGUACUCAUAAGACUCUCCAGAAUCUUCAUCCCCUUCAUUUUCUCCCUGUCCCGCUCUCUUCACAUCCACGAUGCCCAACCCGCCUUCCCCCGCUGCACUCCGAUGAUGCAGCGGCAAAUUUUUCGGAAACAACCUCGCAAGCAGAGCUCGUAAAUCAGCCAAGGAUGUCUGGAUAUCUGAACUGCAAUAAGCCAAUUGAUGGCGUGGCCGAAGUACGCCGAAAUAUCUUUUCGUCAGCGGAUGAAAGGGGUUUGGAAGAGAGCGACGGCGCAAACGAUGAAGCCGAGUCGCGGAGUUUUGAGAGCGAGAAGAUCACCGAUUGCGGCAGAGUAGGAGCAUGUGAGAGAACGGAAAAAUUGGGAGCCGCGGAAGGUCAAGAAGCCCGAGGACCAGAGUUUCAAAUAUCAGCGAGGAUGAACGGACUUGCAGAAGACAAGGAGAACGGUCAAUACCUCAACAACUUACACAAUCGCAAGUCUGAAGAGGAUCCAACUCAGCGCACGAAGCUUGCCGAUAGUAGGGUAGAGUAUGCGAAGGUAAUAUGCUAUGAUCGAGAGAUGUGUGAAGAAGACGGCGAAGAUGUAGGGUAUACGACGUUCGAAUAUAUGCUAUCCCUCACCUCUUACUUCGUCUACAUACGCUCCGAAUUUUGGCCUGGUCUACAUAUCUCUCACAUCAGCUGCGAAUUCCCACACAACCCAACUUCAAUAAAUCACCAAGUAAAGAGCAUACGGUCUACUAUUAAAUACCUCACCCUAGAGGAGGAUAAAGCCACGCAGCCCACACAAAUACCUAUUAAACUUCUGACCAAGAGCAAGCCACAGACCUUCAAGAAACGCCAUCUAGAGUUAAAGCAAGGAGGGUCAAGGGAAUUAAUUAGAACCAUCACAGGAGCAGCAUACAUAAUAAGAUUAUGGAGUAGUUUAGGUGGUCAGAAAGGUACUACAGGGUCCAGCCAUUCCGCUGGUGUAAAGUGUAAAAUAGUGGCCGCUGUCAACAACUGGACCACAUACCCAACCACAGAUAGCAUUACGCAUAUUCUAAGAAUAGAUGUAAUGACUCUUAUUCAAGCGAACGCUUCACAUCUUAGAGUAGUCUUCGGGAAGGCGAGGGUGAUAAACUACGAGGACCUAAAGGAGGUACAAACAAAGCGUAGCGACGUUACGAUUGAGCUUUUUUCUGCCAGUAACUUCUCGAUUUGGUACGUAGCAGUUACGGUUCAAAAUCCUAGUACUUCUGUACUUCUCACCAACUGUAUCAACGUAGUACGCUUGCUCAAUUCUCUCCACAACCCUAUAACAGAAGGCUCUCUCGCAGUCGCAGCUUGUAGAGGGUAUACAGAGGAAAUCAACAUCCCAACUGAUCAGGAUGAGGUGCUACAGACUGCAGAGUUUAACGCGAUUGUUACUCCAAAUCGCGACCUCAAACAACACUCCCGACGCGAUGGCCAAUCAGUCUCGUACUACGGUACGUACCCGGCAAUUCACUGUCCGUACAGUACGGCUCCAAAAACGACUACGUUUAAAGCUACCGCAAGCAAAGGAAAACGCGGCCAUAAGCGCAAGAGUCCUACGCCAGAGGUAGAUGCGGGUUUGUCAGGACCAAAGAACAAAGUAGCGCGGAUGAGCGAAGUGGUAGAGCCAGGGAUAUUAUAUAAUGAUACAGCAGAUAGAGCAAAUACUUCAUUAACGUUAACCCCCCUUGUUCACUACAUCGGAAUUAACUCCUAUAUUCUGAGCAUCCCCAGCAGAAAAGGAUCCUUAGCAUGA